AAUUACCAAAAUUACAUUCCAGUAUAAUUUUUAUAAUAUAAAAAAAUGCUUCAAUCAAUAAAAAAUAAAAUUAUUGUUGAUGAAUAUUCACAACAACAACAACAACAACAAUCACAUUCAAAAUAUCUAUCCAUCCAUGACACUAAUAAUAAUAAUUAUCAACAGCAAACUAAUCAAGAUGUAUUGAUAAAUUCAUUAGAUUUUAUGAUAAAUUCAUCGACAAAAAUCAAUGAUAAUAAUGAUAAAUCAUUCAACAACAACAACAACAACAACAAUCAAAUCAUCAAGUUGGAUGAUCGACAAUAUAAAGAACCAUUAACUGAUCCAACAAUAACAGCAAAUGAUUCAGGAAUUACUGUUAAAGUUUUUAUCGGUGCUUUUGUUGUUUUUUUUACAAAUUCAUUUGCAUCCGGUUAUAAUAUUGGUGUAUUGAAUCUUCCCGAACAAAUUUUUAAAACAUUUUUCAAUAAUAGUAUCAAUAAUCAUAAUCGAUUAGUACCGGUUGUUGAUACAAAUCAAAUUGAAUUAAUAUGGUCUAUUGCUGUUUCAAUAUUAGUUAUUGGUGCAAUGAUUACAUCGAUUAUAACUGGUUAUUUAGCUAAUCGAAUUGGUAGACGUGGUGUUAUAUUUUUAAAUAUUAUGCUUGGUUUAAUUGCUAUGUGUUUAACAUGGAGUUCAAAAUAUAUGCAAAACAUUCCAAUGUUUAUGGCCGGUAGAUUAGUUGCCGGUUUUCAUACAGGCAUUGCAUCAAGUAUUGUUCCAAUGUAUUUAAUGGAAAUAUCACCAAAAAGUUCAUCAUCAUCAUUCGGUACAUUACAUGUUAUGGGUUUAAAUGGUGGCCUAUGUUUUGCACAAAUUAUGGGCUUAGAAAGUAUACUUGGAACAGCCCGAUCAUGGCAAUUAUUAUUUUUUAUUAAUGCAAUGUUUAUUACUGUUGGAUUGAUUGGUCUAUUUUUUAUGCCUGAAUCACCAGUAUAUUUGUUUGUCGUUCGAAGACGUGAAAAAUUAGCCAUAAAAGUUUUAGAACAAAUUCGUAAACAUCCAAUGGAAGUUGCCGAUGAUAUUGCCAAUUUACGUCGUGAACAAAAAUGUGAAGAAGGUGGUAGCAAUAAUUCAUCAUUAUUACAGCUAUUCAAACAAUCACAUUUUCGUAAAGGUUUAUUAAUUGUUUGUUUGCUUCAUGCUGGCCAACAAUUAGUCGGUAUAAAUGCUGUUUUUUAUUAUUCAACAAAUACAUUUCGUAGUGUUGGUCUAAGUCAAUUACAAAGUCAAUAUGGUAGUAUUGGUUGUUCAUUAUUGAAUACAUUAUGUGCAAUAUUAUCAUCACGUUUAUUACGAUCAUUUUCAUCACGUACAAUGUUAUUAAUCAGUACAAUUGGUACAACAUUAGGUUUAUUAAUACUUCCGAUCUCAAUGUCAUUCAAUGAUCAAUUUGAAUGGCUUAAUUUUGUUACAAUAGCAAUGAUGUUUUUCUAUGUAUUUAUGUUUGCUAUUGGUCAAGGACCAAUACCAUUUAUGAUUGGUGGACAAAUUUUUGAUAGUGCAUCGAUGAGUACCGGUCUAAGCAUUGGAGUGUUUGUUAAUUGGUUUUGCAAUUUUCUAGUCGCAUUUGCCUUUCCAUUGCUUAUCAUUCAAAUCAAUCAAUUUGUAUUUUUUAUAUUUUUGGCAUUCGACAUUCUUCUAUUAAUAUUCAUCAUAUUUAUGGUACCAAACCCAAAUGAUCAAGCUGGUGAAAUAAGAAAAAAACCAUUAGAAAAUUCAAUUUCAGAAUAACGAAUGUUGGUUAAAUUGCCUUGAUUAAAACAAAGAAAAUCGAUCUAAUCGAAAAAAAUCGAAUUGGUUUAUCUUGAAUAUAUUUCUUAUUCUUAACUAUUAAUUCUUCAAAUAUUUUGCCCUUAAUGACACAUGCACACAU